AUGUCUGCCAUCACCCCCGACACUGCUGCCCCCGCUGCUUCCGCCGCCGACAUCAAGGCUGCUCGGAGGGCCCGUUUCGAGGGUGUCUUUGACCAGAUCGCGGAGGAGCUCUUGGCUUACUUGAAGGGAGAGAACAUGCCCAAGGAUGCUGUGGACUGGUACAAGAAGAUGCUCUACCACAACACCCCUGGAGGAAAGCUCAACCGUGGUCUUUCCGUUGUCGACACUGUGGAGAUCCUCAAGGGCCGAGAGUUGAGCGAGGAAGAGUACACCAAGGCUGCCAUCCUUGGCUGGUGUGUUGAGCUCCUUCAAGCGUACUUUCUUGUUGCCGACGAUAUCAUGGACCAGAGUGUCACCCGACGAGGCCAGCCUUGUUGGUACCGAGUCCCCACCGUUGGCAACAUUGCCAUCAACGACGCCUUCAUGCUCGAAGCCGCCAUCUACCACCUCCUCAAAAAGCACUUCCGAUCCGAAAAAUACUAUGUCGACGUGAUGGAGCUCUUCCUUGAGACCACUUUCCAGACCGAAAUGGGACAGUUGAUUGACUUGAUCACCGCGCCGGAAGAGGUUGUUGACUUGAACAAGUUCUCUCUUGAAAAGCACCACUUGAUCGUUGUCUACAAGACUGCUUUCUACUCUUUCUACCUCCCUGUCGCUCUCGCCAUGCACAUGACCGGUAUCCAGGACCAGUCCGCCUACGACCUCGCCACCAAAAUCCUCAUCCCUCUCGGAGAGUACUUCCAGGUCCAGGACGAUUACCUCGACUGCUACGGUCUCCCCGAGCACAUUGGCAAGAUCGGAACCGACAUUCUCGACAACAAGUGUUCAUGGAACAUCAACACCGCCCUCGCCAACGCCACCCCCGAACAGCGUGCCGUCCUCGACGCCAACUAUGGCCAAAAGAACUCCACCUCCGAAGCUGCCGUCAAGGAGGUCUUCUCCCAGGCGCCCAUCUCCAUCCCCGAGAGGUUUGAGGCGUACGAGAAGGAGAGCUAUGAGAAGAUCAAUGGGCUGAUCGAGAGUGUUGAUGAAUCUGGGACGGGGUUGAAGAAGGAGGUGUUUAGGAGCUUUUUGGGCAAGGUUUACAAGAGGAGCAAGUAG